UCUACCGGUAGCUAGUGAGUAGCUAGUGAUAAUCUAUAACAAAGACAGAAGAAUUGAAUCAAAAAGAUGAACAAGAAUCGUCAGAUCAGAAAACCUGGGGGAGAGUAUUUGGAAGUGAUAGCUGAAUCCAAUCAGAUAGAUGGAGGAAGCAAAGAACGACCACUGAGUGCUGUUAGCGAUGAGUAUGUGGAGAUACACGAUGACAUACGUUCUCAUGCUAGCCUCGAACCACUCCAUACCUCUCCCGGUGAAAGCUACGAUGGAUAUCUGAAGAAUCCAAAGGAGCAAGGCCACAGAGUGACAAUCCAAGACAACUGUGCCUACAAUGCAACCGUACAGAUAAGAGAGGAGACAGCAAUUUCAGGAAGAGGGAGAGUGAUACAGUCUAAUAGUCUGUACGAAGAGAUCCCUGACAGAGCAGCUGUUGAGAGUGGUAUUAGCCAGGCCACAGUUAGUCAGCCAAGAGUGGACGCAGAGGGUCAAAAAGAGAGCAAAAAGAUCAUUUCACCAGGAGAAGCACUCUGGAGUUUCUGGCAAGGCAAAGCAGAGAUUGCUAUCAGAAUCACCAACCUAGCUCUGGGGGCGGUAAUUUUUCUGCUGCUAUUCGCAAUCAUUGUAAAUGCGGGCCGUAUUUACGGGACCAGCCUAGGCACCGACCUGAGUGCCCGCUACACACCCACCCCUACCUUCGCCACUAUUGCCAGCUGGAUGCUCAUGCUGACAUUUGCCGGUACAACAGAAGUGUUCCUAUUCAUUGCUAGAGUGUACGUCACCAAGGCUACGAAAUGCAUUAUGAUUUGGGACAUUGUACACAGCGUUAUUCUGUAUGUUGUGUACUUGAUAUUGUGCUUUCAAAUGAUAUGGUUAGCAACAGAUUGGACUAUUUUGCUCCCCAUACCUCAAGCAACAGCUGAGAUCAAUGGGGAAAUAGGCCUGCUUGCUACAUGCUCAAUCUUGGGCUUCGCUUAUGCCGGGUCAUACAUGCUCAAAGCCAGCUGGCUUAUUGCAUUCAUACGGCAAGACUGGGAGAAGAAAAUGGACGAGUACAGAGUGCAGUCACAAUGAUGCAGUCAUGCACAAUGAAAGAACUGUUGCGUCUAGUAUAAUAUUAUACAAAAUAAGAAUGUGUUAAUUAUUAUGAUGUGAUCACCCAUGUUGAUGUUGAUACAUACACAGAACACAUACAAGGGAUUUCUUAUACUUAUAAAGGCAGAGCUAAUGACAUUAAAAUUAAUCAUCCCCGAGGCCCCCCACAAGCUGGCAAAAUAGUAUAAAUACUAAUCAGCUAUCUUACUUAGUUAGUGUGACUUACUACAGCCAUGGAUGCAACAGAGACCACCGCAGCAAGCACAAAUGGACGACUUAUAGUAGAGGAAUGCGAUCAAGUUGAUAAUCUUAAAGUUGUCAAAGAGACAGACAGACACUUAAGCGGCAGUCCUACUCCCAGUGAGCAGUCAUAUGUUGAUUUCGACCAAGUAAAUAACGAAUAUGUUGUCAAUGAUUUGGAUUCGUACACCAUUGAGCAAAACUGUGCCUACAUGUCCAAUACUGAUAUUAACGAUCAACCGCCCGACUAUCUGGAGGUCAUAACAACUCAACAAAACAGCGCCUACAGUAUUGAGGCCAGCAACGUCUACUGUGUGGCAGACCCUGUUGUUGCUGGACAUGAGAAUGGUGAGCUGUACGAAGCAAUACCCGAGGAAGGAGAACUCUACGAAGUACUCCCAGAGGGAGGAGAGCGCUACGAUUACGUACUACCUGUACUACCAGAGAGGAGAGAGCCUACCGGAGUAGUAUCACAGAGGGGAGAGCAAAACAACGCAGUGCAAGAGAGAGAAGAGGAUGCUAAGAAAAAAGUUACACCCCCAGCCCAAGGUCUUUGUAGUUUCUGGCAAGGAAGGGUGGAGGUGACUAUACGAAUUAUCAUUCUAUUGCUGGGACUGCCCCUGCUAUUGCUGCCCAUAUCAGGAGCUGUUGGUUUGGCCAGUUUCUCAACCUCUGGCGGUAUAAUAACGCUGGUCACAGGAAUACUAUGGCCCAUACCACAACUUGUGGUGAGCUGUUGUUUUGAGCUGCCUAUGCUACUGGGUAGAGUCUGCUCCAAAAAUAUCUCCAACUGCUUUCUAGCAUGGGACAUUACACACAGCUGGGUACUGUUCUUCAUCUACCUAAUAGCCUGCGGGCAGGCCGCUUGGAUCACUACACUGUGGUCAGGUGAUUUACACAGGGCUCAGAGCAAUGAUACGAAUCAGAGCAAUGUUGGGGGACUACAAGCAGGAGUUGCUAUCUUUGUUGUUCUCACAGUGCUGUACUUCAUACUUGCAGUCCUGUACCUGUUCAGGGCUUGCUCGGUUAUAGCAGCCAUUAAGAGAAAACGUGAUUACAGAAAUAGAUCCAUGGCACUCACUCAGAGAACUUAACAUUGUAGCAAUAGAACAUGAGAUAACCCCUAUUAGGGUGCACUAUAUACUUUAUUGCACACACACACACACACACACACACUUA